GCCACGCCGCGGCCGCUUGUGCCCGCCCGCUUCCCGCCUCCGUCCCGCGGCCCCCGGCACCAUGUCGGUGGAACUGGAAGAAGGCGAUCUGCCCCUGACCGAGGCGGAGGAGGCGCCGAUCUCCGCCGAGAAGAAAGCGGCCUCUAAGAAGGCGAAAGCCGGCGGUUCUUCGUUAUCGCCAUCGAAGAAAAGAAAGAACAACAAGAAGAAGAACCAGCCGGGCAAGUACAGCCAGCUGGUGGUGGAGACCAUCCGCAAGCUGGGCGAGCGCAACGGCUCCUCGCUGGCCAAGAUCUACAACGAGGCCAAGAAGGUGGCGUGGUUCGAUCAGCAGAAUGGGCGCACCUACCUGAAGUACUCCAUUAAGGCGCUGGUGCAGAACGACACGCUGCUGCAGGUCAAGGGCACCGGCGCCAACGGCUCUUUCAAGCUCAACAAAAAGAAGCUGGAGGGCGGUGGGGACGGGGCCGCGGGCGGCGGCGCGCAUAGAGCCCCCAGGAAGGCGGCGGCCGCCGCGUCCCGGCGGGCGGAGAAACCCGCGGGCAAGAGCCAGAAGGCCGAGAAGAAAUCGCACAAGAAGGGAGCGGGCGGCGCGGCGGCCAGGAAGGACAAAGCCAAGAAGGCCGCUAAGAAGGGAGCCGCGUCCCCCGGGGGCAAGAAGGUGAAGAAGUCCGCGAAGCCCAAGGCGCUCAAGGGCCGGAAGGCAUGAGGGGGGGCGCGGCGCGGGGGGCGCUCCCCGCCCGGACUGGGGGGCGCGGGGCAGGCUGCUCUGCGGGCGGACUCCGGGGGGCCGCUCCAUGUGCCCCAUCCCCCUCCGUCUCGCCUCGUUUUUCCUCCCCGCUCCUCCCGCCCGCCCGCCUCUUUCCGAUCGCUCCCUUUUGUUUUCGGCCGCGCCCCUCCCCGCUCGCAGGCUCUUUCGGAUCACCCCCGGCCCCUCUCCCCGCCGCCUCGCGGGGCUUUUUCCCGCCCGGUUUCCAUAGCAGCCGCUCGGCGCCCCCGCUGCCCCCGCGCCA